GCUGCUCUACAUGACAGCGUGAACUUCACAACAUUCUCAUUCGACCGGCUGCUCCUCCACUUGAUCAGCUAAACCUUGCUGGCAGCCUGAGAGCAGUGCUAUGACUACGGCUUUUCUCAGGAACACUGCAACCUGGAAUGCCAUGCCCAGCAUUUAAAGUUCCGAAGAACUCUGACGGAAUUAGCAAGCACAAUGGGAAAUGCUGUGAAAGCUCCAAGAGCAUCUGAGGAAACAAACACGCUGAGCCAAACGGGUCAGGAGAGUGACUUCCUUGCUGUUCUCUAUGACUAUCCUUCAGCAGACAUAAGUCAACCUAUAUUUCAUGUAGGGGAAAAGCUACGUGUGCUAUCAGAUGAAGGAGGCUGGUGGAGAGUCCAUUCCCUUACAACAGGUCGAGAAAAUUAUAUUCCAGGAAAAUAUGUAGCAAAGGUUUAUCAUGGCUGGUUAUUUGAAGGGCUGGGAAGAGAAAAAGCAGAGGAACUUCUACAGCUGCCCAACACCAAGGUCGGCUCCUUCAUGAUCAGAGAGAGUGAAACUAGGAAAGGGUUAUAUUCCUUGUCAGUGAGGCACAGGCAGGUGAAACAUUACAGGAUCUUCCGCCUCCCCAAUAACUGGUAUUACAUCUCUCCACGACAAACCUUCCAGUGCCUUGAAGACCUUGUCAAUCACUACUCAGAAGUUGCUGAUGGUCUCUGCUGUGUCCUUACAACACCCUGUCUCACCCAGUGCACUAACAACAACACUGAGAUGAAUCCAGUUCCUCCUGUGGUGAUGAGGAAUAAAAAUUUCAACUGGAGAAACAUUCACAGGCUGGAGAUGACUGAAGAUACCAAAAGCACCCUGGCAGCAAUAGAUGACUCUUGCCUCAGCUAUGGCCUGAGGGAAAGCAUUGCUUCCUACCUCUCCCUAACUGAGGAUGACAACACUUCUUUUGCAAGUGCCAGAAAGAAGAAAUCCCAAUCUCUCAUAUACACAGGGAACAAACAUAAGAAUGCCCUUCCCUUGCCACCUAGAUACUAUGAUAACUAAAUACAAGACAAGCAGGAAAGAGCCACAGACUGACGAGUUAGGACAGAAACCAGAGCA